UGGGCCCAGGGCCGGACCUUUCGGGACCUUUCCAUCCGAGGGGCGCCGGCAGGGGAGGCCUCGGAGGAACCGAGACGGGAAAGGCCGGACACGUCCCGACGAUGAGCGAGUGGAUGAGAAAGAGCCCCUUGGAGUGGCAGGCGUUCGUGAACAAAGAAGUCAAAGUCACAGCCAGCGAGAAGAACGAGUUUCAAGGAUGGGUCUUAACCACAGACCCCGUUUCUGCCAACGUCGUCCUCGUGAACUUCCUCGCUGACGGCCGGGCGUCGGUGACCGGGGUCACGGGCCACGCGGUGCGGGCGGUGGAAGUCCUGCGGGAAGGGGACGAGGCCACGCGGGAGCGGCUGCUGGCGCUCUUCGCGCCCAAGGGGAGUCCGGCCUACAGCCCCGGGGACCUGGACAGGCGCAAGAGCCGCCUGAAGACGUGGCUGGAGGAGAACGGCAUUCCCGUCUCCGAAGAAGGGGACCCGCGGGGGAGCCUGCGCGUGGCCGGCCUGCUGACCGUCCACCCGCCCUACGGCCCGGAGGACUGCAGCGGCUCCAACGAGAUCGUCCUGGCCAGGGUGCAGGGCCUCCUCGCGGGCCACGUGCCGGCCGGGCCCUAGCCUGCCCGCCCCGUCCCGGUUUUCCUCCUCGCGGAUCCCGGGUCCCCUCCGCGGAAAACCAACCCCCCGCCGGCCGGGGUCCCCCGGCUGGGGCGUCCGCUCCCCUCCCGGCUCCGUCGGAGGAGCGGGCACGGCUCCUGGGGUGGGAUCGAUCCAUCGAUCGAUCGUAUCUUUUAAUCUUUCUGCAUCUUUUAGACCGGGAGCCCGCCGUCGGGUAGGGACCGUCUCCGUGCGUCGCCAAUCUGUACUUCCCAAGCGCUUGGCACGGCGCUCCGCACACAGGAAGCGCUCGGUAGAUACGAUUGACGAUGACGAUUGGAUUUACCGGGCACGGCCCCUGGGGAGGAAUCG